CGCGCCGCGGCGCACUCGCACAGCGCUCGGGGGCCGGGCCAAGCCGCCCUGGCCCCGGGGCAAGGUCUCUGCAGCGGGUCCCGGGCAGGCAGGCAGGCAGGCAGGCAGGAGCUGGGCGGCCUCCGAAGCACGCGUGGGCCAAGUGAGGACAAAGCAGUGGUUAAAUUGUUUGUGCAUCUCGGCCAAGCCACUGAAACCACACCUUGCCACACCCAACCACUUUUUUUCAUCAGCCACCCACUGAAGGGCAGCCUGGGCCCUCCCCAGAGCAGCUCAGGCUACGGGAUGGCUCUGCAGGAUACUAGCAAGUACUUGCAUGGCUCCGUCCUCGGCAGCGUGAAUCCUGACCUCGCCAGCGAGAGGCAAACAGCCUCCUUCAGUGUGGAGAAGCUCACAGCCUGGCUGGACGGCGGUGUGGAGAACACUCGGACACGGAGGGCAGUGGUUGAAGCCAUCGAAUGUGACCCUGAGUUCAGCAGAGAAAAUCAGUACUUCCAGAGCCAGAAUGAGAGGUAUGAAGCAGCAGUCAGAAAAGCUGUUCACCUCCAGAAGAAGAUGCGCGAGAUGGGAUGGACCGAGGACGGACCUGAGUAUAAGUACAUUUACAGGGCGCUGGCGGGAGACGUCGCCUUCCUCCUGCACCGCAUCUUCGUGAGAAGCAUUUCCAUGCUGGGCUCUGACAAACAGGUUGCCAAAUGGAUUCCUCUCGCCAGCCAGUAUCGACUCAUUGGAAGCUACGCCCAGACUGAGCUGGGGCACGGAACUUACCUUCAGGGCUUGGAAACAACAGCAGUCUUUGAUAUCGCUACCCAGGAGUUCAUACUGAACACACCAAAGAUCUCUGCCAUGAAGUGGUGGCCUGGAGACAUGGGAAGGUCAGCAACUCACACAGUGGCGUUUGCUCAGCUGUACGUGCAGGGGAAGUGCUACGGUGUGCAUCCCUUCAUCGUGCAGAUACGCAGCCUUCGGGACCAUUCGCUCUGCCCAGGCAUAACAGCAGGAGACAUUGGUCCCAAAAUGAAUUUUGAGCAUGUUGACAACGGCUUCCUCCUGCUGCAGAACGUGCGCGUCCCCAGGGAGAACAUGCUCAGCAGGUUCUGUGAGGUGCAGCCAGAUGGCACCUACGUAAGGUGGGGGUCACAGAAGAUCAAUUACUUCACGAUGACUUCGGUGCGCAUCGCUCUCCUCUCGGACGAGGUCAUCAUGCCCACCAUGAAGGCCUGCACCAUCGCCAUCCGCUACUCGGUGGUUCGACGGCAGUCCAAGUUAAAGCCUGGGGAACAAGAAGCAAAAAUCCUCGACUACCAGACUCAGCAGGAGAAACUGCUGCCCCAGUUGGCAGCAACCUACGCCUUCUACUUCAUCAAUGACUACCUGCAGGAGCUGUUUGACAACGGGUACAGAGAGAUCCAGAAGAAGAACUUUGACAUGCUGCCAGAGCUGCAUGCCUUUUCUUCGGGCUUUAAAGCUGUCAUUAGUCAGUACUGCACUUCAGCAGUGGAGAUCUGCCUGCGGGCUUGCGGAGGACAUGGUUACUCCUCGCUGAGUGGGCUCCCUGCCUUGUACACUAAAAUACUUGCCUCUUGUAUUUAUGAAGGGGAAAACACCAUUCUGCUCCUGCAGACUGCCAGGUUCCUGAUCAAGUGCUUCAUGGCAGCCAGUGCUGGCCAGCCUGUUCCACCAUCUGUCACUUACCUGGCUGCAGUGAAACCCAGGAGGUGUCCAGCCAAGAACAAGUUGGAUUUUCUCAGUCCAGCUAUUUACACUGAAGCCUAUCAACACAUGGCAGCCAGGCUCAUAAGCAGCACAGCAGUGAAACUACAGGACCUGAUUGAGUCUGGAGUCAAAAAGCACGACGCGUGGAACCAGUGCACAGUGCAGCUGGCACAAGCUGCAAAGGCUCACUGCCACUACAUCGCAGUGAAGAACUUUGCAGAGACUGUGGAAAAACUCCAGAGCCAGGCUGGCAUCCAGAAGGUUAUGAAACAUCUUUGUGACCUCUUUGCGUUGCAUGGGAUCUUCUCAAAUGCAGGAGCCUUCUUGCAUGAUGGAUACCUAUCUGGAGCUCAAAUGGACAUGGUCACAGCAUCAUACCUGGAUCUCUUGCCUGUCAUUCGGAAGGAUGCUGUGCCACUAGUGGAUGCCUUUGACUUCACAGACAAGAGCCUGAACUCUGCGCUCGGCAGUUAUGAUGGACACGUUUACCAGCGGCUUUACGAGUGGGCUCAGAAGUCACCCACCAACAAGCAGAUGAGCCCAGCCUACGAGAAGUAUUUGAAGCCACUUCUUCACAACAAGCUAUCAAAAUUAUGAAGACCAUGACCUAAGUGAAAGCUGCACAUUUCCUUCUGUUCUUUCUGCAGUACAUUUAUGAAGCAUCAGUAAUGACUAAUCAGAAUUAAUAAUCAGUUGCUUACUUGCAGUUACAAGUAUGAAACAAGACUCUGAGCCAGCCAUCCACAUCAGACAGAAGCCAGACAGUGCAGAGUGGUACCCGCUGCUACAAGGCAAUCAAAUCAGAAGUAGCCUAGGGAUCAUGGAAUUAGUCAGGGUUGGAAGGCACCACAAGGACCAUCCAGUUCCAACCCCCAUGCCAUGGGCAGGGACACCCUACCCUAGAGCAGCCUGGCCACAGCCUAAUCUAGCCUGGCCUUAAACACCUUCAGGGAUGGGGCCUCAACCACCUCCCUGAGCAACCCAUUCCAGGCUCUCACCACUCUCAUGGUGAAGAGCUUCCUCCUCACAUCCAGUCUGAUCAGAGUUUUCUAAGCUGAAGUGUCCUGAUAGCAUGGAAACUACAUCAUUUGGCUUUCUUAUUCUUUUUCUAAGUCCACUGUGUGGCAGUUAAGGGGAAAAAAAAUAACCACCACCAACAAAGCAAGCACAUUAUGAGCUCCCUCUUGCUGUGUUCUAACUGCACAGUGCCUUAAGAGAAGAAACACAACCACAAACAAACAAUAUUACUGAAAAAUCUAAGGUAAAAUUAUGAUUCUUGGUCUCUUCUCUUAGAUCAAGAUAAAGUGUAUCUGAUUGGAUAAUCAAAGCAGUUCUUAACUUGCUCAGGAGCUGAGUAUUCCUGGCUGAUGAAGAUUCAGCCAAAGCUGAUGCCAGCUCCAGUCUGCAGAAAGCACUUUCCCAUUAAUAGAGAGGCUCAUACUGUCUUUCUAUAAAUCUUGGGCUCCAAUAAAGUGUAUUAUUUGGAA